AUGAAGCUCUCCAUUUUCUCUCUCCUCACCCUCGGCCUCACAGCUGGUACUUUGGCCCAGCCCACCCGCGUUGAGCGCGAUCUCCCUACUGUUACUGGAGUCCUAUCUGGCAUAGGCCCUAAGGUCGAGGCUCUUGACUCCGCCAUCCAGUCCUACUCGGGUGGUGAUGUUGCCAAGGUCCAGAAAGCAUCCGACGACCUUGUUGACGCCAUCAAUGCCGGAACUACCAAGGUCAAGGGUACCUCCGAUCUCAGCACCGGCGAUGCUCUCGGUCUUCCCGGCCCCGUCAACGAGCUCAAGGAGAAGAUAUCAACCACUAUCACCCACCUCUCCAGCAAGAAGUCGCAAAUCGUCAAGGCCGGCAAGGGUGGUCAGACCUACGAUGACUUGACCCAGCAGAAGACCGCGGCCAAAAAGCUUUCCGACACCAUCGUCUCCAAGGUCCCUGAUAGCUUGCAGGAUCUUGCCGGCAGCAUUGCUGGCGGUAUCUCGGAGGCUAUCCAGAAGGGUAUCAAGGACUUCCAAGACCAGGCUGGCAAGGGUGGCUCUUCCAAGGACUCGGCUUCACCCAGUGGCUCUAAGAAGGAAGAGACUAAAGAGGCCCCUAAGGCUCCUGCUCCUUCUCCUUCCAACGAACCUGCCCCUGCUAGCGACCCCGCCCCUUCUAGUGAGCCUGCUCCUGCGAGCAAGCCCGCUCCUGCUGGCGCCCCUGCCGGUGCAUGCGCUGCGGCCUACUAA